AUAGAAAUGGUUACACAAUGGAUACAAUGUUGCCAGAAACAACGAUGGUACCGUGGGCGGACCGUGGGCGGAGCUACAGGGACUGUACUUUCGUUUCGGGUUUUGUUCAACAAGCCUUGGCGCUGCAUUCUUGAUCUCAAGUUGUUCAAGUUUGUUGUAGGCUAAGUAAAUGCAUGCACUUCACUACAAGCUAAUAGAGAAAAUAUGCAUAAUAAUAACAUAUAUAUAUACAAUAUUAUUAUAUUUGAAUUCAUAUCCAUUCCAGAGACAGGAAAUGGUUUAAUAUCCUAUCGUGAAGAAACUGGAUCCGACUUGGUACCAAAUAUUGGGAUAUUUCAACAUCCAAAAUAUUACUCAACAACACAUCUGAAGUAUGUGAAGAGCAAUUCCUUAUGCAAAUAAAUGAGAAAUGACUUGUGCUGGUAUGGGUGAUACUGAUAUCAGUUGAAUGUUCUGUUUGCAAAAUAACUCCCUGUCUUCUUGUUUUGGUUAUUGAAACCCUACGUGAGCGACGCGACCAAUCCGGUGUUUUUUUUUCUAUCUCAGUAGCCUAUUGGAGAGCUUGUCUAUAAAGGCACUGAGAGCAUGUUUGUAUAUAUUUUUGUCUGUGCUGCAAUACAUGCUCUUAGAGAAGAAGUUGGGAGAAGGGGGACAACUUUCACUGCUCGUUAUCAAAUAAGUUAUUGAAACAAUAACACCAUUUUAUUUUAUCUCGGCACCAAUAUCCGAGGUCAUUGAGACAUUUGGAGAACCUGACCGGAUAGCUUAACCAGAGAAGUUCUAUCAAGCAUCAGAAUAAAUCAUCCACACUCCAGAGAUGGACACAGGAACUGAACCUAUGGGCACCGGAGGUCAUCAUGGGUCAGGUGAUCCAGUUGGACCGGCGCUGCUCUGGCUCCAGGACACUGUUACCACGGCAACACUGCAGGCGCGUCAGAGGGUGUUACAGGGAGCAUUGUUACUGUGUGCUCUGGGACUGUUACUAUGGACCGCCAUCUUCCUCUACGGGAGCUUCUACUACUCCUACAUGCCCCUAGCUACCUACAGUACACCUGUCCACUACUACUACAGGACGGACUGUGACUCCUCAGCUUCUCUUCUCUGCUCCUUCCCCACCGCCAACGUAUCUCUCCUGAGGAAUGGCAAGAACCAGGUGAUGACAUACGGCCAGCCCUAUCGGAUAUCUCUGGAGCUGGAGAUGCCCGAGUCGCCAGCCAAUCAGGAGUUAGGAAUGUUCAUGGUCAAGAUGUUCUGUUACUCCGGACAGGGGCAAACUGUGACCUCUUCAGCACGAUCUGUAAGGCAGCUCAGCUCCAGCUCUCGCUUUACAAUGCUGCGGUAUCGCUCCGGCCUGCUCCAGACUCUGGGAACACUGUUUCUCAUCCCGUUCUUCCUGGCUGGAACGGCUGACCAGAAACAGUUGGUAGAGGUGGAGCUCUUCUCCGAAUACAGAGAGGAUUCUUAUGCCCCCUCUAUAGGAGCCAUCAUUGAAAUCCAGUCUCAAAGGGUGCAGAUCUACUCAGCAAAUCUCUACAUUCACGCUCACUUCACUGGCAUAAGGUACUUCCUGUACAACUUCCCGACACUGUCAGCAGUAAUGGGUGUGGCCAGUAACUUGUCUUUCCUCAGUGUCCUCCUCCUCUUCAGCUACCUGAGGCUCAUCUGGGGCCGAUUUAUCAACCCCCAAAAGGAGAGAGAUAGGAUUAAUCUUCAUCAGAGGCUAGCCGGGAGCGACGAGAGAGAGGACACUGAACACCUACAAGAUUACCAGGAUGACACUACAGGAAUCAAGAAUUCUUCAUCGGAUGCACUACUGGAGGCACAUCAGAUUACAGCAACCCAUCUGGACCAGAAGGAAGAGUCCAUUCUCAAAGCAGAUGGGGGGGAGAUGGACAUCAGACAUGGAAGGUUCCAGAGUGAGAUAGACGAAGAAGAGAUCAUUGCUGAGGAAGAGGGGGAGAAUAUGGGCAUGUCUCUUGACCCAGAGUUGGAAGGGUCAUCUGAGACAGCAAAGCAGCCAGACAGCAUCCCCAGCAGACUGACUGGAACCUCAACCUGUGUGAUAUCCUGAUGGAGAGCUCCAAUGGAUGCACAGUGGCUCAAUGACCAAUAGUUGGGUGCCAAAGUAUUAUCUUUAGAAGGGGCCCGCUUGUACUUUGUUACUGUAAAACAAUAUGAAGAUUUGUUAAGUUUAAAAAACGUAUGUUUAAAGCUGUGUGAGUAUAUACAUUUUUGUGUCCUCUUUUAUUUAGUUUAUUUAAAGUUGUGUGAUGAUUCAUGCAAAAACCAGACAAUGUUGAAAUAUUUGACCAUAGGCCUCCACCUAAGGUUACCAUUUUACUGUAGCCUACAGUAUUGCACAAAUGGAGUAAGGGUUAUAUCAGAUGACCUCAGUAUUAUGAAACAUUCAGGGUGGAUGACAACACAAAGUGCCUUCCUCAUUUUAAUGUUUGCAUGUUACCAGAUGGUUUUCCAUCCAAUUGGCAACAAAUGUUCAUGUGAAUAUUCUAAAAUCCACAUUAAAAAAAUAUGAACAUUUUUCCACAAAUGUUUUCCAACAAA